AUGAGGUCCUACUGUCAUUGUCUGAGUGCCCAACUGUUGCCCUUGUCUCGUAGUGAGAUUCUGCUGGAGUCAGUGCAAAGGAUUGGCUUCGUCAAAACAGUGACACGGCGUAUCUUACUUGAGUUCCAUAACGCCCCCUUCAACCCCGUGUGCGAAUUGUGUACACAGCUGGCACUUCCCUGCCACGUCACCCCCAAACCGUAUAUAUGCCCCUCGCUCCUUUCCCCUCCUCCUAGCUUGGUAGCUUCUCCGCAUUCACAAUCAGCCGUCAUUCUUAUCCUCUCUCACUUUUCGCACUCUUUCACUCCUCUCCGGCUCUCCCCCAUGUCCUCCAACACCCCAUCCAGGCUCCUUCCCCCCUCCUCUUCCUCUUCCUCCUCCUCCUCCGCCUCCUUCUCUUUUCGUCCGCCCACCGCCCUCCCUCCCGACCAAGAACUCUCCGUCAUCGUCGAAGCACUCACGAACGUCGUCCUUGGCUCCACCGCUGAUCUCACCCAUCGCUUCCCCUCACCCUAUUCCUCUUCCGCAGCCGGAAUCCUACACAAUGUCGACCACGGGGCGCCAGCCCUGACGACUGCUGAAGCAGGCCGCCCUGAUUUCGGAGUGGCCUCCUGCUCGGGCUCCAAGUCUUUACCAGAAGAGAAGACCAAGAAUGCAGGGAACAAACAGCCGCAGAAGGGGGGGGCGAAGAAGUACAGGGGAGUGAGGCAGAGGCCCUGGGGCAAAUGGGCGGCUGAGAUUCGAGAUCCGAGACGGGCGACCCGGGUGUGGCUGGGAACCUUCAAGACAGCCGAGGAAGCAGCUCACGCUUACGACAAAGCGGCCAUCGAGUUCCGCGGGCCCCGCGCCAAGCUGAACUUUCCUUUCUCUGAUGACUCGUUGCUGAAUUUGCAGGCCACUCAGCCACCGGAAGCUCCCCCAUUGGCUCAGCCGCCGGCGACAGUGCCGUCCGAGGCGGAGCCGGUGAAUCCCGAGAAUCCGAACAUUGAAAUGGAAGCGAUAGUGCCCGACGAUGGUGAAUUCUGGGAUGGGAUUGGAAAAGAAGAUUUGGAAUGGUUGAUGGAUUUUGUCGAGGGAGACUCUUCGGACUCUGCUCCCGGAACUACUCAGAGCCGGUGAAUUCUUAAAUAAGUCAGCACGUGGUCAGAAUAAACAGUCUGUUUAAUAAUCUCGCCAUAGAGUGGUCCAAACUAAAGCGAAAAACAAAAAAUUAGCUCUGCCUCGAAGAGGCCUAUCAAUGCUGAGCGUAUUUAAUUAAUUUGGUAUAGGACGAGUCACGUUAGAUUUAUGGACUCGUGACUCCGUUUUAAGAUUUAGUGUGAGAGGGAAUUAUGUAUGCUGUACCCAGAUUCCAGUUGCAUUUACGCGACUGGAGGAAGGAGGUAUAUGUUUUUAAAGUUUGU